AAUCAUUUUCUAUGCUUAGGUUCGUGGAAAUAGGAUGGAAAGACCAAGGAAAGACAUUGUGUACUAGGCCCCUUUUUCACCUUUAUAACUUGUUAUUUAACAUCACUUACACAUAGGUGGUAGGAAGCACUAACAUUUUACAAAAGCAUUUCUGAGGAAAUUCCGACUUUAAUCAUCAGUUGAUCUCCUUCAAGCAAAUACUAGUAAGUGUAUUACAAUUUACUUAUCUUGUUCACUAUUUCAAUAUAUUUAUGUAUUAGGAGUCUCCUAAUCAUUCUAAGUCACUUGAAUUUCAGAAAUACUUUAUAUUAAGGAAGACCCCAAACCAGUAAAAUAGUGGGUCGUAGACUUGCAUAUAAUGUUUGUUGGUUACUCAUAGAGCAUGUAUGCAAGUUAACAUCCAUUACACGCUAGGUUUGUAGACCCAACCCAUGGAUGCCCUGUGGGCUGUGGGUGUAUCUACACAAAUGUCCUGUCUUAACAUUAAAUUGGCUGAAUUUCAGGGCAUAUCAAUGACUUCUAAACACACCAACAAAGAAGAAAUCAGAAAUUACAUAAAAAAGAAACCAGAAAAUUGGAAAUUCCGCAAGAUUCCAGUUGAUCAAGUGUAUAAAACCAACAUACUCCACAAAAUUCCAAGCUAUAUCAUAAAAGAUUUUGAAGAAACUGUCAAAAUAAACAGCAGCAACAACAAAAAUGUAUCCCUUAAUCUACUCUCUACCAAAUUCCUAAAUGGUUUCAUCAAGAAACACCAUUUGUUUUUACACUUGGGUUUAGUCCAAAUUGCUAUAAAACCCUUAAUAACAGAUGGGUUAGGUGCUCCAAUAGUUGUGUGUAUAAGAGAUGUUAGGCAUCAUAACUUUCAAAAGUCCUUGUUAGCACUUGUUGAAUCUGAUCUUUGUAAGGGUCCAUUCUAUUUCAAUUGUUUCCCAAGUUUUUCGGUUUCGUUAGACGAUGUUUCUUCCUUGCAAGUGUUGAUCAUGGCUAGAGGGAUUCCUUUGGAAUUCACUUAUAGGAUUGUGUGUAAGGCAAUGGUGGAUUUGAGCUCUGAGGCUUUGAAUGAGCCUGUUUUGGGUGAGACUACUUAUUUUCAACUAGCUACUGGGGUUAGUUGUACUACUAAAUGGGAUGAGUUUGACUUGCAUAUCUCUGAAUCUUCUACUGCCAAUGAAGUGCCUGAACAGCAGAGUAGGGAUUCAGUCGAUUCACGUCCGGAUGAUCGAGUCCUUAAUGAGGGCACAUUAAUGGCUGAAGGAAGCUCAACAAUCAACAGAAACCUAGAUGAAUGGAAAUACCCAAAAAUCCCAGUUGAUCAAGUAUACAAUAGUGAUAAUCAUGCUAUUCUCAACUUGGGGUCUAUUUUCGGUCAUUCUUCUGCAUGGUCAAAAGCCAAAAAAGCACUCAAUAUUCUCCCUAGCUCUUCUGUAAAAGACAUUGAAAAAACCAUCACACUGAAAGCCAAUCAGAGUAUCUGCAUUAAGUUACUAAAAGGCUGUAUAAGCAAGCAAGAUAAGCUAAUGGACUUGGGUUUAGUCCAAAUAGCAAUCAAACCUUUGAUUAUAGAUGGGUUAAAAGCUCCAAUCAUAGUGUGCCUUAGAGAUGCUAGGUUGUUGGAUAUCAAGAGGUCCUUAAAAGAAGUUGUACAAACAGAUCUUUCUCAAGGUCCUUUCUAUAUCAAUAACAUUCCGGGUCAUUCGAUUUCGUUGAGUGAUGAUUCUUUAUCAGCAGUUCUUACUUUGAAUGUCUCUAAGUGUAGGGUACCUUUGAAAUUGACAUAUAGGGUUGUGUGUAAGGUCUCAAAAUACCCAAUCUUGGUACAAAGAGGGGAGAAGUGGACUCCAGGAGAAACAACUUAUUUUCAGCCCGGUAUUGGGACUCGAAACACAACUAAAUGGGAUGAGGUGCAAAUUCCUGAGUCAUGGGCUCACACUUGAAGAUUAAGUGUACAACUAAAUGAGUAAAUGGGUUGAAGGGUUGUGAAGGAUAUGUAAGCUACAUUUGGUUUUGUUGCGUUUUGUUACUAAGCUUAUGUUGAAAGAAAAAGAUUAUGUUUUCUGGUGUAUGAAUUGUACGAAUGUAUUGUGUUCCUGUUGCUGUCACUAAUAACAUUCAACAGAUAUAAAUAGAAUGAGAAAUUAGUCUGUUUCAGUGU